AAAACUUUUGCUACUCCCAUUCACAAAUUACAUGCGUCUCUCGUGCCCUAAUCUACAAACGCUAGUCCCUUACUGAUACGUUGGCGCGACCGCCGCCGACGAACAGGCCGUCCGAGGUACGGUCUCUCUCCCUCUCCCUCUCCCUCUCCAUAUUCAUAGAGAAUUUUUGAUGGGGGAAGAAAUUUAUAUCUCGAUUUAGCAUAGCUACAUGCCUACAUAAACGAGACAAAGCUUUUGGAAAUCAUAAUUCAUGAACACGUUGCAUGAGAUAUGAGAGAACAUGGUGUUACUCUGUCAGACAAGACCUUCUACUGGAGGGCUAUAGGGUGCUUCUAGCAAACAAGAUAAUUGCACCUUCUCUUGGAAUUUUUGGUUUGGAUUCUCUGUUUGUGUUUUUCAGAAAGAGGAAAUCUACACUAUGGAUCAAAGGGGUACUAUUCUUCGUGAGUUUCGCUUUCCUAGAGAGCCAAGCAUGCAGCAUAGGGGUGGUUCAGUUUUUGAGCAAAAUGCACCAGAGAAUUCUCUCGGAUUACUUUUAAAUCAGAAUCCCCCGUCUGUAGAGUCAACUAACUUACUGCAUCAAAUUGGGAAAUAUCAAUUUCACAGUCAACAUGAAUUUCCUGCAAGUAGGCAGACUAGUAAUGUGAAUUUCCUUAAACCUGGAGUUGAGAAAAUAAGCAAGCCUCCUAUAUAUGUCCCAUCUGAGUCUUUCCAUGACGAAGGGCUGCCUUUGAUUAAGACAACGAUUGGGGAGACACUUGUAGUAUCAAAUGGGUAUAAUAUGCUCAGCCAAACUGAAUCUUCUAAACCCAUAUCCUUAUUGAGACCAUUUAAUUUUCAAACUGAAAGUCUGAGACCUUUGCGACCAUUUCCACAGAGUGUUGUGAAGCCUGAUGCGUUGGCUGUAGAUAUGGAUGGUAAAGUAUGUUCUCAGAAAGGCAGUAAAAUUGGAAUCUCGUGCGAUCUGGAUCAAAGUGGUCAUACUACUGCAGUUAUUGAUAGCUCUCAUGUUGGUUCGGUCUCAGUGGAAGUUUCUUCAUGCACUGAACAGGGUAACACUGAUAGGUUCUUACAGAAUGAAGCAUUCUCAAGCAGCGCUCCUUUGAAUAUUUCAAGUAGUGAUAAUUUUAAAGUAAGAAACAAAUUAAAAGUUAUACAGGAAAUGGAAGGAUCUGAUAUUAAGAGUUCAGCAAAUUCCUUCAAGGAAGCAGCCUUAACUAAAAAUGGCGAUAGCCCAGCUGAUAUUAGUGGGCAUGGUGAGAGAAGUGAGCAGAGUGGUGAAUUUCUUAAAUUAGAUGAAAAGGGUAAAUCAAAUGCUGGAAGAGUAGCUUCUACAGUUGCUGAAAAGCUCUGGGAUGGAUCCCUUCAGCUGAAUUCCACCAUAACUGCAUCUGCAGUUGCCUUCUUUAAAAGUGGUGAGAGGAUUCCUGAUGUCAAAUGGUGUGAGUUUGUAGAAGUUAAAGGAAAAGUAAGAUUAGAGGCUUUCGAAAAAUAUAUUCAAGAUCUUCCUCGAUCACGCACCCGAGGAUUGAUGGUGGUCUCACUUUGCUGGAAAGAUGGGUCUUCUGAAACUGGACGUGUGGGAAUGAAGCAGGUGGCUAAAAAAUACAAAGAAGGAGAGAAAGUUGGGUUUGCACAACUUUCGUCUGGGAUUGAUCUUUACAUCUGUCCUCGCAGCGACACCAUAAUCACAAUACUUGCAAAACAUGGUUUUUUCAAGGGUAUGGCAGCUAUUGAAGACAAUCAAGAUUCCCUGAUUGGUUGUGUUGUGUGGCGGAAAAACCGUUCUUCAAAUUCUGUUGCAAAAAAACCUGAGAGAAAAAUCUUUUUGUCAGAGCCUCUGAACGCUGCAUCUGGUUCUUUCGAAGAAAAAAGCUUGUCUAAUGCACAGCCAGCUGAAGAAUCCAAUCAGCUUGCAUCAUUAACUGGUUGCAAAACGCUAGAUUCUGCAGGAAAAUGUAGCAUUGAGAGUAGUAAUAUUGAAUGUAGUAAAGUUCAAAUUGAAGGUGAUACUUCUUCUAGUGUAGCUAUUGCCUUUCCAGCUCCAAGAAAUUCUCCUUCCACCUUAGUAGGAGACCAAUCAGUCCCACCAUCCAACUUGGCUGUUAUUCCAGACCCCAUUGGACAGUUAAAAGUUGAAGCACCUCCUAAGCACAGGUCAGGACAAGUGGUACCUAAAACAAGUUUGGAACUUCAAGAAUCUGGCAUGUCUCUUCAAUCUGAUAUCAUAAGACCACCUACUGUGCCUGCAAUUGAUGAUGAUGAUGAUGAUGAUGAUGAUCUUCCUGAAUAUGACUUCAGAACUGCACAUAGGGUUUCUCAAACUUCAGCUGGCAAUCCUCUAGAUGCUGUGACACUUGACAAGAGGCUUCCAGUUGAAGUUCAGAAAAUUGAUGGAUCAGUGCCAGCAAUAUUGCCCAUUGUAAAAGCAGUGCCAGCUCCCAAUCAGAGAUCAAAAAAUUUAACUCAUCCAAGGCCUCAAAUAGAUGCUAAUGAAGGAAUGCCACCACUAAAGAAAGCUCGUGAACUUGAAUCCCAGCUCCCAGGUUUCUCCAAAUUGGAAGGCAGAGCUACUGUGACUUCAGUUAGUUCUACUUCAGUUUCCCGACCAAAGAAUCUUUUUGAUGACGAUGAUGACAUGCCUGAAUGGUGUUUCCCAGAUAUUGACCUUCACAAGCAACUGCUGACAGCAACAACUAACUUGUCAACUGCAUCUAUUCCCUCCAAAGGUUUGAACUCUGUUAAUCCAGUUUUUCCGCAGCCCCUCUACCCUUCUUCAUCUCCUGUCACUAUGCGUAUGCCAUUUUCACCCCGAGCUUUCCCUCAAGCUUCUAGUUCCCCUAUUGCCAUCAGUGUGAAACCUGCACAACCAAGAGCUCCUAAUGGAUACGUGCAUAGGGGUUUGACUCCUCCUGUAGGGUUUAUUUCUAACCCAGUUUUGAGGCCACCACACAAACCCUCUGACAUCAACCUUCCUAUCCAUCCAACUGGUUGGAGGAGUCAGAAGCCAUGAUACGUAAUGGGCAUGGAAACUAGUGUCUGGCUCGUUGUAUGUGAAAUAAUAACUUUUGUUGAAAUUGUGCUUUGUUAGAGAAGAAUUGGUUAUUUUUAUUUUUAUUUUUGUGUUUGCACACAAUUUUCGUUUUGUACAUAAGUAGGAACUUGAUUUUCUGUUUGAAUGGUACAUAUCCCAGGGAGUCUGAAUUAUAAUUCCUAGUUUGUUUCAAUAUUAAUAAAUGUUUGUGUUUGUCAUACAA